AUGGAGGUUACAGAACAAGCACUAACAUGUCCCAUCUGUGUGGAUGUCUUUACAAAACCCAUAUGCCUCCCCUGUGGACACAACUUCUGCCAGGCCUGCAUCUGUAUUGUUUGGAACUUGGAUAAUGAUUCAGAGGCCGGGCCACGAUUCUGCCCUGAAUGCCAGAUAUUCCUUCCACCUGACCUGAAACUUGAAAUCAACACAGAUCUGGAGCAAAAGGUACAGCAUUCCAGCACUUGUGGACAUGUGAGGGAAGAGGCUACAUCAGUGUCUUCAUCAGUUGUCAUGUGCGAUCAGUGCAUUGAGAGAUCUUCAGUGGCUGUGAAAAGCUGUCUGAACUGUGAUGCUUCGUUGUGCUCAGCUCACACUCUCCAUCAUCAGCACAGAGAACGGCUGAGAGGACACACACUUAUUGAACUGACCGAAGAUAUGCUUUCCUAUAAGUGUCAGGAACAUGGAGAGGUACAGAAGCUGUUUUGCCAGGAUGACCAGGCUGCCGUGUGCUCUCUCUGUGUGGUGUUCGGGACACAUAAGAGUCACCGCAUCAUCCAGCUGCAAGAAGCCUGCUCAGAUUUCAAGAAAGCCCUGGAGGAAAGAGAAGGAGAGCUGCUGCAGAACAGACACCUGGCUGAGUGUGCUUUACAGGACCUGCAGCAACUGGUUUCAGAGACAUCUUCUUCUGCUAAAGCCUGCAGAGUCCGAAUAACAGAAACAUAUAGCCAAAUGAAAGCCCUGAUUGUAAAAGAUCAACAGCUGAUGAUGGAUAUUAUAGAUAUGGAAGAAUUUUACACCAACAAGUGGUUGGUGUCUAAGAAAGAAUAUUUGGAGCAGCAAAUAAAAGACAUGGAUUCUUUAUUAAUUGAAAACAAAUCUCUGCAAGAAAUUGAUCAGUUAAAACUCCUCAAGGGCAAAAUUGAAAUCAACAGCAUUGUCAUCAGUGGAUUUAUACACGCACAGGCUGGAAACAACCAAGAGACAAUACAUUUAGAUCCAGAUACAGCACACCCUAAUCUGGAAGUUUCCUCAAACCUGCUGGAGGUUUGCUGGAGCAAACAGAGCAGGCAGGACACCAAGGACAGAGAACUCAUCAGUGCGGAGUACAGUAUCUUGGCCAAGGAAUCAUUCCUCAGUGGCUCUCAUUAUUGGGAGACUGCAGUCUGGGAGAAACCGUACUGGCUAAUUGGUCUGUCAUAUGGAACCAAUACACAGGCAGGAGAGAAGAAUGCAACUCCUGACUGUAUCGUCUUGAACAAGGCAUUCUGCUACAUCUAUCAUGGAAAUGGACAAUAUCUUGUAUGGAAUGGCUCUGAGGAAACUAUGCUAGCAGUGGAAAGGAGGAUUCAGAAAAUUGGCAUCUGUGUUGAAAUUGAAAAAGGAACAGUAUCUUUCUAUGAUGCAGACACAUCAAAAUUGCUCCAUUUGUUUGAAGUAAAAUUCCUGGGACCCCUUGACUAA